AUGGUUGCUUUACAUCCUUCUGUACACUGCAUUCCUGCAAAUCACUACUCAGGAAUUUCUAGAAUCAAGGAUAUUGCCAAGGUAAAAGAUGAUCAGGAAUGGGAGAUCAUUGAGACCAGAAAAGCACUUUCAAGAACAGGACCAGUGGAUGCAUACAAGCCAAAGAAGAUAUCGCUGGAGGAAGAGCUCAAGACCUUGCAGGCAAAGGUUGACAUUAACAACUAUGAGUACAAGAGAAUUCCAAAGCCAAAUGAAGGAAAGUCAACCUAG